UACACACAAAUAUGUCAGCUUGUGCUGAAAUAUUAUAAGCUACCUUUGACUAUUUUGAUGCAAAAUCACUUUAAAAAUAUAACAUCGUGCACGUGUAAUUCGAAAUUAUAUACAUUUCGGAAGCUAUUUUGUCUGCCUUUGCCUGCUUCUUUAUGCAUUUCGAGCGAUCUUUCACGAACAAUGAUCUUCCAUUAUUCUUUGUUCGGAAACUUUUCUGGACAGUCUGGCGAUUUUCGCACUGUUGUACUGGUGCACCGCACUUUUCCCCAUUAUCUUGCAUUUUUAAAGUAAAUCACCCACAAUAACAGCAAGAGGCGGUUUUCCUGUUUCCUGAAGUCACCAAGUAGCACUCGUUCGAAGCCUGCAAUCAUCGUUCGAUCGUUGCAACUUUUUCCUGCAUUCUUAAGAACAUGACGAAAAUACAUGGUUAGCGUUUGCGAUUGGUCGGCGGAUGUCAAGGUGGGGUCGCAUCCGAUCUUUAUGUUAAUAUUUCGAAGCGUUUCCUCCGGCGAACGUGCAGCCGUCACGCACAAAGCUUUGUCAGGAACGUUUGCUCAGUUCGUUCGGUCCGUCGACGAAGCGAAUUUUGCGAUGAUACCGAUCAGCACCGUCAGUCGUCCGGUCGAAAUCGGUCUCCGUCUUACCGGGAUAUGGCCGAAUUCCUGUAUCUUCUUCAGGCUAAUCUGGUCGGCGGUGAUGGGAACAGGAUUGAUCUUCCAGUAUCACUAUCUCCUGACGCACUUCAGCACGAAGGAGCUGCCCAAUCUGAUAGACGGCUUAAGCACCACCUUGCCGUACAGUCUGCUCUUUUUCAAGCUGAUUGUCCUGUGGGUUAAUAACCGGUAUGCAUUUCUUUCCUUCUUGCAUUGCAGAAUAUUCAUCAGUAUCCUGACUGCGAUGUCCGAGGACUGGUACGAGUACUCCAGCAUGCAGGCCAUGAUCAACAAAGGGAUCAUCGCGCACCGUUGUUCGAAAUUGAUCAUCGGCGUUUACUCGACGGCGGUGUUACUUUACAGCACCGCGAGCGUCAGUUUUCGCAGGCAGGCUGGCGACGAUUGUCGUGAGCUGCUUAUAAAGAUGGAAUUGCCUUUCGUUUUCUGCGAAUCGCCGAUUUAUGAGAUCGUGAUAUGCGUGCAAUUCGUUCAUCUAAUGGCGGUUGCCUCCUCCAUAGGUAUGCUCGACGCAUUAAUCGUUACGCUGAUGCUGCAUAUUGGUGGACAAAUAGAUAUUAUGCAUCAGCAGUUGGAAAAAAUCUGCCCUACGGAUAAUGAGCGCGAUUUAUCCACUGCUAUUAUGAAAUCCUUAAUCAAUAAACACCAAAAAAUUAUUUCUUUCUCGGAGAACAUCGAGAGUCUCUUCAGUCACAUCGCACUGAUGCAAUUUUUCUCGAAUACGCUGAUCAUAUGUUGCAUCGGAUUCCUCAUAGUAACUUCGUUAGGUACAGACGAAGGCAUCAGGAUGUUAGUAAAAACCGUGUUUUUCUACAUAGCCAUCACUCUGGAGGCAUUUAUCUUCUGUUUCGCCGGUGAAUAUCUUAGCAAUAAAAGCAAAAUGGUCGGCGAUGCGGCAUAUGAAUCACUUUGGUAUACUUUCAAGCCUCGGGAUUGCCGUACUCUGCUGUUAGUGAUAAUGAGAUCGCAAAAACGACUGACGAUCAGCGCGGGGAAGUUCAUGGAUUUAUCCCUGGAAGGAUUCACAACCAUCCUUCAUACGAGCGGUCAAAUAGAUAUUUUGUGCGACGCAUUGGAGGAAAUCUCUCCCGAAAAGAACGAUCAUCGUCUAGCCGUCGCCAUCACGAAGGAACUGAUCGGCAAGCAUCAAAAAAUUAUUAUCUUCUCGAAUAAGAUCGAAAAAAUUUUUUGUUACAUCGCAUUAAUACAAUUCAUGUCGAGCACUCUGGUGACCUGCUGCUUAGGAUUUAUGAUCGUAACAUCGAUUGGCACGAUGGAAGACUCCGAUUCGGUCGAUAGCUCGGCGUUGAUGAAAGCUAUAGUGUUUUACAUGGCUGUUACGGUAGAGGCGUUUAUCUUCUGCUUUUCCGGGGAAUACCUCAGUGCCAAGAGCAAAAUGAUCGGCGAUGCAGCGUACAAGUCAAUUUGGUACAAUUUGAAUCCCAACGAGAGCAAACUCAUCCUGCUUAUAAUGUUGAGAUCGCAAAGGAGGCUUACUAUCACAGCCGGAAAGAUUAUGGACUUGUCGCUAGAGGCAUUCACGAGCAUCAUAAAGGCCUCUGUUUCGUAUGUGUCAGUACUGCAUGCGAUGUAUUGAAGUUCGAAGACGAAUCAUCGUAUCUAGAUGUCUGUUAUAUGCAACGAAAAAUAUUGAUUUGUUAGGAUUUUUUCUGUCGGUUCUUUUUUAUCUGCAUUUAUUCCAGAUCCAU